AUGGACAAGUCAUGGAUGACCCAAAAUAGGAUGUCAAGAGAAUAUGAUUUAGGAGUCGAAAGGUUCAUUAAAUUUGGGUUGAGUCAUGCCAAAGGUCUUAAUUCAAUUAGAUGUCCAUGUUUGAAUUGCGGCAAUCGUUUACUUAAGGAUGUCUCAACAGUUCGGUAUCAUUUGUAUGCCAAUGGAAUUGAUAAGAGUUACAAGGUAUGGUUCUGGCAUGGUGAAGAAUUGAACUCAGAUAACGUUGCCAACACGAUGGAAAAUACAGUGGAUGAAACUGAUGAAAACGACGAUUUAUUUAAUACAAUUAAUAUGGUUCAAUCUGUUCAAGAACAAUCUUGUAAUGCAUCAAAUACCUUCGACACUAUGUUUGAUGACGCGAAGAAACCCUUAUACCCAGGAUGUAAGAAAUUCACAAAGUUAUCAGCCCUCGUGAGAUUGUAUAACCUGAAGGUUAGGUAUGGUUGGGCGAAUACUAGCUUCUCUGAAUUGCUGUCCAUAAUAAGUGAUCUAUUACCUGAUAACAAUGAAAUUCCAUGUUCUUUGUACGAAGCGAAGAAAACACUUGGUGCCCUAGGACUGAGUUACCAAAAGAUUGAUGCAUGCCCUAAUGAUUGUUGCUUGUACAGAAAAGAAUAUGAAAAGUUGACCAAGUGCCCUAAGUGUGGUUUGUCAAGGUGGAAGAUCGCUAAGAACACAAAAAAGGAAAAUAGUGGUGUGGCUGCUAAGCAGAUGUGCUACUUUCCAAUAAUUCCAAGAUUUAUAAGAAUGUUCAAGAGAUCUGAAAAUGCUAAGAACUUGUGUUGGUAUGCGAUAGAUAGACAAGUUGAUGGUAUUUUGAGACACCCGGCUGACACUCCAUCAUGGAGGUUGAUAGACCACAUGUUGCCAACCUUUGGGUCAGAACCGAGAAAUCUCCGUUUGGGUUUGUCUACUGAUGGAAUUAACCCAUUUGGAGAUAUGUCGACGACGUACAGUUGUUGGCCCAUCAUCACUACAAUAUACAACCUUCCACCAUGGCUGUGUAUGAGAAGAAAACAUUUGAUGCUGACAAUGUUAAUAUCAGGUCCAAAGCAACCGGGCUACGAUAUCAAUACGUACUUAGCACCUUUAAUUGAUGAUCUACAAACGUUGUGGAUGGAUGGAGUUCGUUGUUUCGAUGCAUAUAAGGAAGAAUAUUUCACACUGCAGGCUGUAUUAUUAUGA